AUGGCUGACGAGGGAGAGUAUAGCUUUUCAUUGACAACAUUUAGUCCUUCUGGAAAGUUGGUCCAGAUUGAGUACGCCCUUAAUGGAAUUGCCAAGGGAGCCCCUACGCUCGGAAUUAAGGCAUCCAAUGGCGUUGUAAUUGCAGCUGAGAAGAAACAGUCUUCGUCUUUGAUAGAACUCGAUUCUUUGAGCAAAAUUGAUCUCUUUGCCGACCACAUUGGCGCUGUAGCGGCUGGAAUGCCCGCUGAUUUCAGAGUAGUUUUAAAGAAGGGAAGGAAAGAGGCCAUAAAGUACAAGGCUCAAUAUGGCGAAGAUAUACCGGGAUCACAGCUGGUUAAGGAUGUGGCAUCGAUAAUGCAAGAGUUCACACAUUCAGGAGGUGUAAGGCCCUUUGGUAUUUCCCUCUUGCUAGCCUCAUACGAUGAUGAGGGUCCACAACUCUACCAAAUCGACCCAUCUGGCGCUUACUUUGGUUGGAAAGCUACAGCUAUUGGAAGUAGAAUGCAGAAUAACAACACAUUCCUGGAGAAACGUUACAGCCCUGAUAUGGAGCUGGAGGAUGCCAUACAUAUUGCCAUUUUAACACUAAAGGAGGGAUUUGAGGGGGAGCUAACAGCUAAUAAUAUAGAAAUCGGAGUUGUUGGUCCCGAUAAGAAGUUUAGACUCUUGUCUCCAGAGGUCAUUGAUGACUACCUCAACGAAGUUCAGUAA